AUGUCUUCCUCAGAGCCUAAAGGUGAUCUUGGUUUAAUCGGUUUGGCCGUCAUGGGUCAAAACUUGAUUUUAAAUGCUGCUGAUCAUGGUUUUACCGUCGUCGCUUACAACAGAACUGUUUCUAAAGUUGACCACUUUCUAGCCAACGAAGCUAAGGGUAAAUCUAUCAUUGGUGCUCAUUCCCUUGAAGAUUUAGUUAGCAAGUUGAAAAGACCAAGAAAGGUUAUGUUAUUAAUCAAAGCUGGUGCUCCAGUUGAUACCACUAUUAAUCAUUUAGUACCACUUUUAGAUAAAGGUGAUAUUAUUAUCGAUGGUGGUAAUUCUCAUUUCCCAGAUACCAACAGAAGAUAUGAAGAAUUGAAGGCCAAGGGCAUUUAUUUUGUCGGUUCUGGUGUUUCCGGUGGUGAAGAAGGUGCCCGUUACGGUCCAUCUUUGAUGCCAGGUGGUGCCGAAGAAGCUUGGCCAUACAUUAAGAACAUUUUCCAAUCCAUUGCUGCCAAGUCUGAUGGUGAGCCAUGUUGUGAUUGGGUUGGUCCUGCCGGAGCCGGUCACUAUGUUAAAAUGGUUCAUAAUGGUAUCGAAUAUGGUGAUAUGCAAGUCAUUUGCGAAGCUUAUGACAUCAUGAAGAGAAUUGGUGGUUUCACCGAUAAAGAGAUUAGUGAAGUAUUCGCUAAAUGGAACAAAGGUGUUUUGGAUUCUUUCUUAGUUGAAAUUACCAGAGACAUUUUGAAGGUCAAUGAUACCGACGGUACCCCUCUAGUGGAAAAAAUUUUAGAUACUGCUGGCCAAAAGGGUACUGGUAAGUGGACUGCUAUAAACGCUUUGGAUUUGGGUAUGCCAGUUACCUUGAUUGGUGAAGCAGUUUUCUCUAGAUGUUUGAGUGCCUUGAAAGAAGAACGUAUCAGAGCUUCUACUAAAUUACUUGGUCCAGAAAUCCCUAAGGAUGCUGUCAAAGAUAAACAAGCUUUUAUUGAUGACUUAGAACAAGCUUUAUAUGCUUCUAAAAUCAUUUCUUAUGCUCAAGGUUUCAUGUUGAUUCGUCAAGCCGGUAAAGAUUACGGCUGGAAAUUAAACAACCCAGCUAUUGCUUUAAUGUGGAGAGGUGGUUGUAUCAUCAGAUCUAUCUUCCUUGGUGAAAUUACCAAAGCCUACAGAGCGGACCCAGAUUUGGAAAACUUGUUGUUUGACAAAUUUUUCACCGAUGCUCUUAACAAGGCUCAACCAGGCUGGAGAAGAAGUAUUGGUUUAGCUACUAGUUAUGGUGUUCCAACCCCAGCUUUCUCUACUGCCCUGGCCUUUUACGAUGGUUACAGAUCCAAGAGAUUGCCAGCUAACUUGUUGCAAGCUCAACGUGAUUAUUUCGGUGCCCACACAUUCAGAGUUUUACCAGAAGCCGCUAAUGACCACUAUAAGGAGGGUGAAGACAUUCACUUUGACUGGACUGGUCAUGGUGGUCAUGUUUCUGCCACUACUUAUGAUGCUUGA